AUGCAGGCUGAAAUGAACCAAAACGAAUGCCUGGAGCUGGAAGAAACAAAACACUCUAAAGACUUGGAUGAAGACUCGGAUCAGGUAGACGGUGCGGACGCAGACUUGGACUCGGCAUUGCUGCGGGUUCCCACCGAGCGCAAGCUCAUUUCAGGACUGGUAGGGAUAAACGUGGUGCUGCUCGGAAGCACCCUGGUGGCCGGGGACGCCUUCCGUCCUCUUCACCACCACGAACCUGCUCUGUUUCUGUUUUUGAUUGUGAAAGAGACUCCAAACUUGCAACUCUUCUGCGGGCUGCCGACGUGCAUGGUUCUACGCAAAGGCUACGAGGUCAUGUACCCGUUCAACAUGGAGUUCAACCUGAUGGCCGGAUGCAUGCUGUACAUCAUGUGGAAGAACAUAGGACGUCACAUAGUCGGGUCCCAAUCCGGCCACGCCCAGAAGAUCACCUUGCGGAUUGUGUGGUCCGGCGGCGUUCUGAUUGGUCCUGUUCUGGGCACAUUGGUGCUGAUUUCCGGGGUGGUCAUGUUUGUUCUGUACCAGGUGUGGGUGGGGCAGGAGUUUGGCCGUUUAGACGCUUUUUUGAUGUUUUAUGGGUUUCAUGUUUGUGUGAUGCCCGUCAUGGCCGUGUGCUCACUGGCUGGAACGCUGGUGUACUGCCACAAGAAAAACAAAUCAAGGGGGCAGCAUGAAGAGGGUAAAAGACAUAAAAGUAAAGAGAGCAGAGCCAAGAACCCGACACGCAGCCUGGACGUCCUGCUGCUGCUGGGUGCCGGAAUCGGGCAACUCUCGCUCUCGUAUUUCUCUCUGGUGGCUGCCAUCAACCUCGGAGCAGAAGGAAUUAUGGGAGGUUUAGACCUGUCAUAUUCUCUGCUCAGUUUGCUGGAACUGGUACUGCAGAACAUCUUCAUCAUCCAAGGACUGCACUCGCACACACACUCACAUACACGGAACAGGACGGGGCCAGAAAACACCACGAUGGACGUCACCUUACAGGAGGGGAGGAGUGGUGUGGACGAGGAAGGAGGACAAACGUCCCUACAGAAGAAGAAUGAAGCUCAGAGCUGGAGUAAGAGACUGAUCCAGGAGAUCUGCUCCUUCCUCAUCCUUUCCAACAUCAUGUUGUGGAUUAUACCAGCAUUUGGAGCUCACCCUCAGUUCGAGAUCGGAGUGGGGAAGAGGUUUUUCGGGUUCUCUGUGUGGUUCGUGUUGGUAAAUCUGGGCCAGCCGCUCAUCGUCUUCUACAGGAUGCACUCGGUUGGAGCUUUGAUGGAACUGCUCAUCUCAGCAUGAACACACACACACACACACACACACACAGAAGGGAAAAACAGCAGGUGUUGUGGUAAGGUGUUAGGCCGCCACACAGUGCCAGUGUGGGUUGGCAUCAAUUGUACAGUUUUUGAAACUGCAGUGGAGAAACAGAAGAACGUUCCACCAAUCAUCGAUCUUCAGCUCUGCUCUUGUGCA